AUGGAGCACUUAGAAGACAUCAACGAACUCACACGGGGGAGAAACCAUUUAAAUGUAUUGAAUGUGGAAAGAGCUUCAGUCAAAGUGGGACACUUAGAAUACAUCAAGGAACUCACACUGGGGAGAAACCAUUUAAAUGUAUUGAAUGUGGAAAGAGCUUCAGUGAAAGUGGGAAACUUAGAAUACAUCAACAAACUCACACUGGGGAGAAACCAUUUAAAUGUAUUGAAUGUGAAACGUGCUUCAGUGAAAGUGGGAAACUUAGAAUACAUCAACGAACUCGCACUGGGGAGAAACCAUUUAAAUGUAUUGAAUGUGGAAAAAGCUUCAGUAAGAAUGGAGCACUUAGAAGACAUCAACGAACUCACACGGGGAGAAACCAUUUAA